GCCCUGGGGCGCUCUGCGAGCGGCGCGGCCCCGGAGGUUCGGUUGUCGCCGCCCAUCCUGGCACCGGAGGAGCGGCGGCGCCGGUGUCCCGGCGGAACCUGCACUUUCGAAUCAAGAGCCAUGUGGUCAGCUGAUGAAAUCGCUGGGCUAUGUUACCUGCAUUACAGGACCAGACUUCCUAAGCAGGGGAAACCAGAUCCAAACAGGGAAUGGACUUCCCUGGCAGCUGUUGUCAAAGUGGAAUCAGCAGCCCAAAGAGAGGCUCUUGAUAGUCCAGGAAACUUGCAGGUAACUAAGGAAGUUGUUGCUAUGGGAACUGGAACAAAAUGUAUUGGCCAAAACAAAAUGCGAAAAACUGGAGACAUUCUGAAUGACAGCCAUGCUGAAAUUGUGGCCAAGAGGAGCUUCCAGAGGUAUCUUCUCCAUCAGUUGUGGCUUGCAGCUUCCCAUCAGCAAUGCAUUUUUAGUCCGGGAACUGAAACUGGGAAAUGGAAACUCAAACCAAAUGUUAUCUUUAUUUUCUUCUCCAGCCAUACCCCAUGUGGAGAUGCUUCUAUUUUUCCAAUCAGUGAACCAGAGAACCAGCUUCCUAAGCCAGUGACUGAAGGUCAUGCAGCUGGACAAUCAGCAGAAUGUAGAAGUGACCAUAAUCACUUAUGUCCAGAAGAUGAAAGAAAAUCAGAGAAGAUGGCAAGGAAUUGUAUAAUCAAGAGAAUGAAAAUUGAUGAUGGUGGUUGUUUUUCCAUAACCACUGAAGACCUGGCUGUUCAGCAUGGAUCUGUGAAACGAGAAGACAACGCAAAUCAGAAGAGCUGUCAAUGUUCUGCAGAGAUGCAGACAGCUAAUAAGGAGAGUGGCUUAGUGAGACCAAAGGUAGUAGAUGUUCAUAGAACUGGAGCCAAAUGUGUACCUGGAGAGCUGGAUGAUGCCCGAAUACCUGGGCUGGGGUACCACUGUGUGGGAUUAUUACGAGUGAAGCCAGGCCGAGGAGAUAGAACAUGCUCUAUGUCCUGCAGUGAUAAACUGGCUCGCUGGAAUGUGUUAGGGUGUCAAGGAGCUCUUCUAAUGCAUUUUCUGCAGUAUCCAGUGUAUCUGUCAGCAGUUGUAGUGGGAAAGUGUCCAUAUAGCCAAGAAGCUAUGCGGAGAGCAGUUAUUGAAAGGUGUCAGCACAUCUCAUCUUUACCAGAUGGUUUUCUCGCUCAGGAGGUUAAGCUGCUGCAAUCAGAUCUUCAAUUUGAACAUAGCCGACAGGCAAUUCAGGAAGUUCAAAGUAACAGCAAAACAAAACUUGUUCCUUGUAGUGCAGCUAUCAGUUGGAGUGCAGUCCCUGAACAACCUCUGGAUGUCACCUCAGACGGCUUCCGCCAGGGAACAACAAAGAAGGGGAUUGGGAGCCAGCAGAGCAGAUCCAAAAUCUGUAAAGUGGAACUCUUCCAUAAAUUCCAAAAGCUGGUGACAAGUAUUUCACAAGAGGAUCUACCAGACACUCUACGGAUGAAGACACUAAAAACCUACUGGGACUACAAGGAAGCUGCGUUAAAUUAUCAAGAAGCCUGGAGAGUGCUGCGUAGCCAAGCUCUGCUGGGUUGGGUCAAGAAUGCCAAGGAAUACCUGCACUUCACAUGAGAAUCCAUGUGACUAUGUGAAUCCAGGAAUAAGCUCUGGUCCACAGCAGAUACCUUUGUAUUUCAAGGGCCAGAAAAUGACACCCUCUAGUUUAUGUGCUGUAAAGAGACAGGAGUGAAAAGGAAAGCCAUUUAGAGAGUACUUUUAUUUUUACUGAGUUGAAGUCCUCUUUUUAUUGAAAUAUAGAAAAGGAUCAUUGCUGACUUUAAAUUCUGAGCUGCAUGAAAUAAUAUGCUUCCAAAAGAAAGGAAGCAGUGCUGUGCUAUCCUGGUAUCUGAAGGUAGGGCCUACCAGCCAUAGUCAUUGCAGUGAAAGAAAUGUCAACUGAAAUUCAAGCAUUAUUAUGGAAAAUUUUAGUGCCACUUUUUUCUUCCGCCUCUCAUAAUGUUGUUGUUUUUCUGUUGCUGGGACAACCCUCAUGCAUAGUAAGUAAUACUUUCAUAAUUCUGAGCUCUUCUUGUCUGGUGCAUGGAAGAAUUUUCUAUGUCCUUCAGCCCCAUUGCUUCUAACUUGAAAAACUAGUUCUGUUAAAGUGUCUCUUUUUUUGGGAAUCCUUCAUAUAUGCUGCUAUUUGCUAAACAUAGCCGCAGAUAUUGCCACAGCAGAAGCAAAAGCACUGGGAAGGAGUCUGUGUCAAACAACACUACUUAUGAUAUUCUGUGCAUCUCAGUUUCAGGACUUUGCCAGAUAACAUUUCAACUGCUUUGCCUCUGUAGGCAGGAAAGAAAACUUCUGAAUGACUUGGUUCAAAUUGGCCAAUCCUGUGUAAUUACAGGCAAACAUUUACCUACUUUUCAGUGUUUCAAGCACCAUCCAUCUCCAUGCUCCCUUGCGGGAAAUGGUCAAUUAAAAGCAGAAAUGCUUCAGUUAUUUAUGUCACUGGCCCUUGUGUUCAUUAAUAGCCUGGCAAAGGUGGAGAUGCUUUGGGGAGUAUUGAAAGUAGUCUCUGGCAUGUUCCUUCUAUUUUCUCUUGCCAUUAUGCUUUAUUACCAACUAACAUCUGCAUGACAAGACAGUCAACACUGUGAGCAGUUGUGGGGGAAGCAGUGUGUAAUCCUCCUUAAACCUUCUGUUCCAGUUAUUGCCUUUUGUGAGCAAUUUCAGGACUGUGUAACUGCUCCUGAGCCCAUUCCCCUUUUGUAUUUUUCUCUUGUAAACCACAAUUCAUAAAAUAUUUGGACAAGGCAAUGUCAGGAUGAAAGAAGCGGAUAAUUUAGAACUUGAAAAUUCCUUAGUGAUUUGAUUUUUUUUUUUGUUCUUUGGUGGUCUGUAGUUUUGGAUUUGAAAAAUGGGCACAGCAGUUCUCCAAACAGCCUUUUUUGUCAACCUGCUGAGGUACAUAUGGGACCAAACAGUACACAUAACGUUACAGUAUGAGAAGUGAUAGCAGCAAAUCCUUGUUACUUCACACUCAGGCUAACUUGUCAAGUAAGAAUAGUUCUCUUGUUGAAGAAGUAACAACUUGAAUUCUGUGUGUAUUUGCCCAUUCUCUCAAAUCCAGCACUAACAUGCAGAAAUACCAGUUGUACUGGUGAGGGGGAAGUAAUUUUAUGUGUUUGUAGAGGGCAAGGGAUUAUGGAGAUUAGGAACUUGCAGUAGUCAUCAGAGGAUAAAAAAUGGCCAGAUGCCAUUGCACAUGGGUUACAGGGUGAGCUGCUGAAAAUAAAUGGUAGCUGUUCCUGUAAUCGAGCAAGUAGUAUUCCAAGGACAGAGUUCUAUAGUGUACCUAAAGAGCUAUCAGUAGAUUUCCAGGUUCCUGACAUUUGCCUUUGCUGAAAUCUUGCAGAAACUAUUAACUUACCAUACCUAGUUUUGCAUAGGUAAUCAACAAUGCCUGCAGUGAACCUGCUGACCAGACUGGAAUGUUCCCAUUUCCUAUUCAGCUGCAAUAUUAAAAUGGGUUACAUAAGACUAGUUCUGUAGUCAUGCAUCAGUUUUCACAUAAGCAGUUAUAUGGUUUAAAUUCUUCUAACUCUUUUCUACAAUUUGAGCCUGGCUGUUAGGAUUGUUGCUGGUAAGAUUUUUUUGUGAAUUUCUAAAAUACUUGUGAACUGUAGACUGUUGCUGUUUUGUUACCUGUCAGAUUUAAAAGUAGUUUUUGAGGUGCUGAACACUGAUGCUAACUUCAUUUAUUGGAUGGAGCUGAGGACAUAUUUAAGCCUAGAGCAAGUCAGUGAAUAUGCAAAGAGAAGGAAAGAGCUGAAACAGAACAGCAUUUAAAAGGCUGAGGGGCUAAGCCUGUGAGAGCUCAUCCUCGACUGGAUGGCAUUUCUGUGACAGAAAAUCAGUAUAUAAAUGCUGCAUUUGUUUCAUUUGAAAAUGUCAGGAAAUGCUGUUGGCAGUACCAUGAAACUGAUUUAAAAACCAGAAGGGAAAAAUGCAGAGAUAGGAAAGAACAGUCUCUGCUUUUGUAAUUGGUAGCAAACUAAACUUGGAUCACUGUCAGCAGGUCUUUGGAAGAAUUGCUCCUGGAAAGGAACAGUUGAUAUGUUCCAAGCCUGUAUCACUUCUUUGCGCUGGUAUAGCUGAUACCCCGAAAAACAAAGAUAGGCAAGGCACAGGGAGGACAGCAGAAUGCAGAGACUCUGCCACAGGAGAGCAGAGUUAGCAGGGAGGGAAGCAGCAGGAAUGAAGUGCCCACAGUGCAUGGUUAAUGAGGACAAGCAAACAAGUGGGAGUGGGAGCAGCAGAGCACAGGAGGGCACCAAGAUUCCCACCAUAUGUGUAAAAUGAGCACAUCUGUAUAACCCAGAUAGGGCCUUGCCUGUCCCAAACUUGUUUGGAGACCAAUGGCUCUUACUUGCCAGGACAAAGAAACUGUAAUCAUUGAGUAGAAUGUCUUUAACAGCAUCACUGUUAGAGGUGUUAUUCUCUUUUCAGUCCUAGUAAGAAGGCAGGACAGACUCCCUGCAUAUCUUGAAGGAAGUCAAACCCGAGCAUAGAAACAAGUGGUUUUCUCCCAGGGUGAGAGUAAUCAUGUUUGACCUUGAGGCUGCAGUUCCACAAGACCAGAUGUUAGCAUCCCACUGUCUUUGGAAAAGCAAGGUUUUGAUCUUCACCGUGUACUUCCACUGCUCACCUUAACACAGGCUGGAAGGUUUACUGAUCUCAGUACAUUGCGAGUAAACUGAAAAAUAUUUAAAUUGCUAUAUUUGUAGAAAAACAAACCAUCAGCCCAAAACAAGAUGCAGCCUUUCACUAGGAGUUAAAAGAUCUCUGCAAUAAAUCCAUUAAGCAUUAGAGGAAAGGAAGAACCGGGGUUGUGCGGCUGAGGGCAGAAUUCUGUUGGCAAGGAGGAAAGAAAGGCAUUGGAGUUUUGUCUCAGACUAUCUGAUAAUGUCAUAAGAGGGCUGCAGCAACAACAGGUACAUAAUACAUACAACUAAAAUAUAUACAUGUAGAAGCAAGGUAUUUUUUGAGGAAAGACCAUGUAAAUGGUCUGAAUUUGGUCUAUAAUAAUGUCUAUAAUGUGAUAAUGGUCUAUAAUAAUAUACUAAAUAUUGACUGAAUGCUAAAUUCAUCCAGUACUGGUUUAGUUAUAUUGGAGAUAACAUUUCAAUUUAGCUUAAAGAUAAGUCACAUAGAGGUGUUGCUGUCUUUGUUUUUUGUUCAGUGCAUCAGUUGAAGGGUUAACAGAAAAUGAAGAUCAUAUGGGCUCAAAUGCUUUGUAAAAUUUUACAGGAGUGUUCUAUCUAAAGGGAUGCAUUUCACCUCUGAAUUUCAAAAGGAAAUCUCUUGAUAUUUUAUUGCCAUUUAACAUGUAUCUGCAGAUGAAAAGUGAAGUUACUGCUGUAGAACUUUUAUGCUUACAUUCUCUGGAACUGCUUGCGUAUCUGGGCUCCUGAAUCUAAACUAAUAAAUACAGAGAUGUUAAAGAGA